GAAAAUCGCAUUCCCCAUCUGAUAGAGAGCUCAUAUGGACUUUUACGCGGUUGUGAUAAUGCAUAUUUCAGAUAGGUCUUCGUAAAGAAUCAUAUGCAUGUUUAUAGGUUUACGUAAGGCCCUUAGCUCCCCAAUCCCUUGGACUGGAAAAGGAUUCCCGCCCUCUUUUAGAUCGGACAGCUGGAAGCGAACAUCAGUCUGUGCCCAUGACCAAAACGACUUCCGAAAUACACGACAAGAAUCAACUUAAUCAGCAAUUUCCACAACAACCGUUUGAUGGCAGCGAAAAAAGAGAAAGGCCGAGCAUGGACAGCCAGCACCUUUUUGCCAGAGACAGCAUCUCACACCACCAACCUGGACGCCAUCAGUGAGGACGCAGUGGACGAAGAUAUGCUCGACGACGAGGACACUGCGCAGAACAUCCUCAAUAUAUCGUCCUCCCGUCUCCAUAUCUCAUCCGCGGACGACGACUCCAGCAGCAACGGCUCCAGCAGCGGCCACAGCAGCGAUGCUGCGGAGAGUGACGACAAUGACGAGAAUGACGCUGACGCGCAUGCUCACGACCACGAUGAUGACGACGAAGGGAACUCCAGUCAGGACCAAGGAACAUCCGAGGAUAGCGACGAUGACAUGGAGAAUGUGGCAGACAGAGUGGGCAGUGCGCAGGAACAUAAUGGACGCAAGGACACUUCCAAACGUUCACGUACUGGUCUCCCUAUAAAGAAGAAACGUGCCUCUAUUGGAUCAUUAUCGACUUCGCCCUCAAAGAUCGUCUCUGCAACCCCCACGAAAAAGAUCACCAAAAAGUCAAAGAAGUCCGUCAAGGCAAAGAGCAGCAAGGGCUCCCUGAGUACCGCAGCAGCACGGCAGGCGACAGAGGAGGCGAAGUUGGAGGCUGCCAAGCCCAUUGUGAGUCGGUUCCUGGAGCUCGAAAACACCAAGCUAAACGACAAGUUGCUUCAGGUCUUUAUGAUUAAUGGCAUGAUACCAUAUGUUAUUGAGAGCAUCACUCGUUUGGAUCCUGAGAUCGCCAAGAAUAUCAGCAAUGGCAUGGACGAUAAUUACAACCAAGAGACGAAAUUCAUGACACGCGUGAAGCAGUGCCGGCGAAUGCGCGACUACUCCGAUCUGGAUCUCAUGAAGAAGUCCUAUACCGCUAUGAAUUUUCUUACAAGGAAUGAUGUCUACAACGAGUUCAUUCUCAGUAGUAGCCACCAGUCGAUCGUCAAAGAGCUAUUUAAGAUCUUCAGACCGGAGUCGCAGGGGAACUUCUAUCACUUCCAGAAAGUGUUCGAGACCAUAUUAAAGAAGUUCAGAGCGCAAACGAUGACGACCCUCUUUGAAGACGUGGACUCAGAGACGGGCGUUAUCAAGACGCCCUUGAUCUUUGACAUGCUACCAUUCUUGGAUCAGGCGCCCGUGGCUCUGUCGAUGGUCAAAGUUCUAUUUCCGACAUUUACGUACGGCCUUGCGGAGAAAAUUCAGGAUUACUACAAGAUCCUGCAAACAGGCCAUUUCAUGGAAAUGCUCCUUGCCAUGGUCACUCUGACGGAGGAUCCGUCCCCAAAUAUGGCCGACUUUGUGGUUUCCCUUCUGGACGAGGCCACGCGCGCCAAGGAGGCGAAGAUCGUCUUGACUUGUCUGGUAGAUGAUCCAAUCUGGGCCGAGCGUCUAGCACAAGGAGUUCAAUCUGCAUCUGUUGCUAAACGUCAUGGUUGUAUUGAAAUCAUCUACUCCAUACUGGUUCGCAGUAUACAAAGCGGAUCUCCAUUGAGUUCGGAAAGCACCUCGCACCUCACAUACCCGACCUAUGCCGCGCUUUCACCGGAUCGGAAUCUAGUGGCGAACAGGUUAUGCUGCCCGGGUACACAGUUCCUUGCUCAUUCACCGUUGCUCGCCUGUGGCUUCUGGACUCAAUAUACCAUUGUCUGGAGGACGUCAAGGAUGACCCUAUCCUCUUGGAGUCUAUUCCAGAGGCGUUCUGGACUCUUUUGGUCGAUAGCUUUUUCCGCUUUCGGUGAGCGACUUUUACAAACUGUUCCGUGUAGUCCUGUACUCAGAGCAAGCGACUGUAUACGACCGACUGUUUGUUAAGACCAAUUUCGUCAGCCGUUUGAUUGCGCACUACAAAAAAACAGAGCAGCCUACAGGGUCGAGGGGAUACAUCAUUCUAAUCCUCAACUGCAUUCGACUGUCUGUGGAAUUGGAGCAAAAGACCAGUGCGGGCGGAAUUGAG